AUGCCUGGGGCUAUUCAACAGGCGCGCUGCCGUUUUUGUGCCAAGUCGGUCCUUGGAUGGCACACGCGACCACUCACGUCUAACGGGCUUUUCUGCAGGGAUCACACUCUUGGGCCACUUGUCUGCGCUGCGCCCCCUGCAGACGCUGCUGCACCAGGCCGGAUUGAUGAGUUGUUGGCGCAUGAGGUCUCUUGCCCGAUGCGUGCCGCCUUUGAGCAGACUGAUGAGAGCUCCCUGCAGGCGCCGACGUGUUUCCGUGAGGGGGAUGCCCUUGCUGAGGUUUUGCGGAUGCACUCUAGCACAACGAAAGAAGACGGCGACUUGCAUCAUUUGGCGUUGUUUUUUGACACUGACGAAUUGGCAUCCCUGGCGACGAAGCCUGUGGUGCCGGCCUGUUUUAGUGAUGAGAUCCAGGCUGCAAACGCGCGUGUCUAUGAGGCUCUGACUUCGUGCCCGUUCUUGAGGUGCCGCACUUGUAGAGAUGGCUCUAUCAGCCUAGUUGAGUGCUUUUGUCAGGAGUGUACUGCCUGGGCAGAGGGAGCUAGCGCCAGGUCCGACGGUUCGUCCUCUUUUGACUUGAGCAUAUCUGGCGCCUCUGACGACGCAGCCCACGGCGCUGCGCCUGGUGUUGGCUCUUCUGGGCGGGUUGGCCGUACCUUCGGGUCUGUUAGUGUUGCGUACAGGCACUCGCGACGGGUGCUCCAGAGACACACAAUUGAGCGGGUGGACGCACCACUGAAGAAGCCGACUAAGUCAUCUGCUGAGAUUGCCAGCCGUAGGAGGAAGCGACACAAGGUGACCUUGGCGACUCAGUUCGUGCACCGAAGGCGACCAUCCCUGAUGUGUACGGAGCCGCGGGCGACGGUGGCUUGGCUGGACUGCCCAGUGUGUUACCUGUUCAUAUUUCGUGGUCGCAGGCGCGGCGUUGCCUCUGUGUUUCGGUGCCUGUUGUUGUCGAUGGUGCCAAGCGGCGCAUCUCGAAGGAUGUUCGGCCUUCUGACUACGGUGAUAACGCAUUAUCGGCCUUUCGUGCUGCUGUCGCUUUGAAGCAAGAAAUUCUUGAGGGCCCUGCGUCAUUUGUUCGGUUCAAGAUCCGACGCAAGAGAAGCAGGCUGAUUGGCGCUCCAUGUGUUGAAGAAGGGCCGGCCAAGGUCGACGAAGAAGAUGAUCUUUUAGCUGAUUAGGCGCGUGUUUGUAGAACCAGUCAAGUGCGCUGCAAGCAAAAAAAAAGUGUUAGUUUAUUGGAGAUCUCUACUUACAAGGACUGCGAAUCAGGCUAAGGACUCGCGACCCGUUUACAUGACUACUUACUUUCGUGCUGGCUUUAAAGGAAACUGAUGCUUAACGUUGAAAGACAGGCAACAGCCAACCAUGAGUAGGCUUUUCGUAUUCCUUCUCGUCGUCUCUUAAAAUUGAUUUCGCAUCUUGUUCUCGCAACUUAAAAGUAACUUUCUACAACUAUGUAGCUAACUGAUUCCGCAUCUUGUUUUCGCAACUUCGUUCUUCUUUUUCUCUGUAGUUGACGCUGGCCGAGCCCUUGAGAAAGUGGGAAGAAACUACGGCGAAAGUAUUUUGGGGAUGGAUUUUUUUUUUUUGUCCCCUGACGCAGUACAGCUGGAGCCCUUCAACUCGUCUGCUUUUGUUGUGUCAGCUGGUGCGUCGUCGUCUUCUGGGUCGAGUGGGUCGUGUUGGUUAUCUGGAUGGGGGGUCUGUCUGGGUUGUUGGAGGGCUGGGGGGUGUUCCGUGUCCUUCAGUAGAGAGAUGGGAGUGAAGUUGCAAAGCGCGGGAGGGCUCUCGGGGGUCGCCUAUGUUUUCCCAGCGUCCGGGCUCGAGUUUGGGGGUGUGCUUGACGUAGUUGCCUUUGGGUGUUUGCUUCGGGGUGUGACAGGUCGGGGAGUGUUUUGGGGCUUGUUUUGGGGGUCUUGCCUGUUUUUGCGCGAGAGCCUCGUAGAUUGGGGCGCGCCUUCGCUUUUCCCGGGUUUGGUGGUCGUCGGUCUUUCUCUCUGGUGUGAGGCCAUGGCCGGCGCAGGAGUUUCCAGGGGUUCGGGAUGAAAAUGCGCAGACAACUGCGGGGGGUGGUCGCAGAAAGUCCUGGCGGAAAUGCCCGGAAACUCCCCAGAAAGUGUCAGCCUUUUAAGUACUUUCUUGGCACUUUCAAACAAUUCCGGGCCCGAGUUUCUUGGCAGUUUCCUGGGAGUUUCUUCGAAAGUUUCUGGGUGCUCUUUCUGUUGAGUUUCUGGAAAGUUUCCCGGGUGUUGUGGUUUUUCUGGCCCAAAGGCUCCGCGUGGGUUUUUCGCGUGUGGUCUCUUGGGUUUCGUCGUGGGUGUGGUCGCGGCCGUUGGGUUUCGUUGCCGGUACUAGUUGUUCCGGUUGGGUAUUUCGAUGGGCGUGCUGUCGAUCAUGGUGGUCCUCUUGUUGCAGCAGUUCCGCGAGGAGCUUGGUUGGGCGGGGUGGGUUUGGGGAUGGGGUGGGGGGGGUUGUUUAGAGCUCGGGACCGCUUCGGCCCGAGUUUUCUCAGAUUGAUUGUGCGGGGGUGCAAUGGGGGCCAUCAAAUCGAGUGGGGCCCUGUGCCUUCGCUUGUGCUUUCUCGUCCGCUCGGGUGGUUCGUGUUCUGUUGCUUCGGUGUCUGUCCAGUCGUUCGCCCUCUCGGGUGGUGGGGUUUCUUUGUUCCCGUGUGUUGGUUGGGAUUUUUUGCAGUUUCAAAAUUGUUUCUAUUUAGUUUCUGAGCAAGCCUCAAAGGGUCCUGGCCGGCGUCAACUGUAGGCUGUUUGCUUUUUACCUGCUGUUCGUUUUAAAAUAGGUCACGGCUUUGCUUGAGUAGUUGUUAGCUUUAGCAUCCUAGAGUUCACUUGAGUUUUCUGCUCCUAUCUCCUUCUUGAGUUGUCUCUGUGUGUCUGUGAAGUGUUUGCUUUCUCUGCGCCCACCACUGCUGGCGCGUCGAACUCUUCG